AUGUCUUCGUUAUUGUUAAGAGUUAGAAAACAUUUAAAAUCUGGGGAUAAGUUUUCCCUGCUCAAGGAGGAUGGCAAUGAAGCUUCAGACGUGGUGGCAGCAAAAACUGUUUCGUUCCAACCCAAGGGAAAUUCAGAAGGUGACGAUAAGGAGUCACUAGAUGAACUUACUGAAUUCGAAUUGGAAGGUCAAAAAGUACCAUUGAGAGCUAUUAUCCAGUGUUGGUUGCAUAGGGAUUCGAGUGCAGCAGAUUAUUUGGCAGAUUGUCAAGCUAAACAACUGAUUAACAUUUCAUUUCUGCAGAGAACAGAUCUAUUGAAUUGGUUAUCAGGUGAAUCAGAAACAUCGCAGUAUGUAACACCUGCGGUAGAAGUUAAGGAUCAUGCCUUAGAGUCUGGAGAGCAGAAAGAUUCGCGAUUGGAAAAUCCCCAUGGUGGAGAAGAACAAGCGGCCAACGGCCAUGAUGUUGCUUUACAGAAUGACCCCGAACUACUUCAAAUAUUAUCCCAUGAAAGGCCAUUAUUAGACCAUAACACCUCACUUCGUGGUAACAAAUUGAUAAACUACGGGUAUUUGGUCAAAGAUGCAGAGUUAAAACUUGUGCAAUCGAUCAAGGCAUCGCUUAAAUCUAAAAAGUCUGUACAAAAUGGACAUGGACAAGUUCACAAACCUCAUGGUUCUUCGAAACCCGCACAACGUAAAGAUCCGAUCAUUUUAAUACCUUCAGCUGCAUCUUCGGUUUUCACCAUGGCAAACAUAAAACAGUUUUUGGAAAAUUCACAAUACGUCAAUCCUCGAGAAUUGCCAGGAUCGCAGUCUGAUUUAGUUACAGUGGAAAAGAGCUUGGAUCGUUUAUCGAAGCCGGUUAGAUUUUUAAUCGUUAACAACACGAGGAUGUUUACAAAGCCGGAAUAUUGGGAUAGAGUGGUUGCAGUUUUCACCAUGGGACAUACAUGGCAAUUUAACAACUACCAGUGGAAUACACCAGCUGAAUUGUUCCAGCAUUGCAAAGGGUAUUAUUUCCAUUUUGCAGGUGAUGCUGUCCCUAGACACGUACAACAGUGGAAUGUUCAGAGAGUGGAAUUGGAUAAGAGCAAAAGAUUCAGGGAUAUAGAAGUUGCCAGAUUCUUUUGGGGCAGUAUUGAAAGGGAAUUGAUAGCAAGAGGUUAUCGAUAG